AUGGGCUACAUCCUCAUACACGAAGUGGGCGAGAGGGAUUUGGCCGGUCUCGCUUUCGGCCUGGAGACCUUCCUGCUCGGCCUCAUUGCGAAGACGAAAACUCACUUGGGACUUUCGCCCAACACCUUGUCUUCUGCAACAACGCCUUCAACUCCCUCUUCCCCGCUCAAUCCCAAGAAUUUCAAGAAUAGCAGCUGUCCUCGUCGACUUUUCUCCCAAGAAUACGCUACCUCUACCAUCACUUGGUCAGAAAAAGCAUUCAGGCACGAAAACCAAGAUGCAUAUAAAUCGAGGCAGAUGGAUAAGGUUACUGAGUGGCGUCAAUCACCGCACGGCAACCCAGACCUUCGCCCCCAUCCACCGCCGCGCGGCCAAUGA